UGUUACCCAGGCAACAGACUCAGAGCUCUGGGCUAUUUUCUGAGCCUAGCCUGCGACCAGAAAACUGACCCAGAACAUGGACCUGGAAAAUAUGGAACCCAAAUAUACAGAAACUGAAAACAUGAAAUCAGAAAAUAUGAAAACUGAAACUAUUUCUUCAGUUUCAACUCUGCAAGCCCUUUCUAAGCUACUUUAUCCUGAAGAGGAUGAUUUUGAGUCAGAACAGUUUAAUUGUUCAUCUGUGAUUGGAGCCAUGGGUCCUGGGCAUAUUGGACCACCAAAACAAGAAGAGCUUAAAGUUAUUCCUCAAACCAGUGAUGAAACUAGUGAGGCCAUCUGGAAUCCAGAAGAAGUUCCAGAAGGAGCAGAGCAUGCUGACAUGUGGGAUGUUAGAGAAAUACCAGAGUAUGAUAUUAUAUACAAACAACAUGUGGGAACUGAGGAUAUAUUCCUAGGAUUGACAAAAAAGGACACUUCAACAGCGUGUUGUGAGGAUCUAGUGGUUAAAAUUAAACUGCCAAAUACAAACUCUUCUGAAAUUAAAAUUAAUGUCCAGGAAAUGAUCCUUGACCUUUGUACUCCUGAUAAGAAACUGUUGCUGAACCUUCCCCAUCCUGUGGAUUGCAACAGCGCCAAAGCUUUCUAUAUCCUGGAAACUGAAACUCUUGAAGUUACUGUAAAUUUAAAGAGAGAGUUGGAUUUUGUUAAUUUUUUCUGAAACUGCAUGAAUAAGGGAGAAA